UAUUUUUGCUGCCAUAUGUCGCUUGACUUGCGCGCUAGUGACAAUCUGGCGAUGACGAAAGUUGUGGCCACUAAAUAGUCGCCUCAUUCCACGUGCUGGGUGGAAACAGAUGGGUUAAUUGUCUUUUUAUCCGGCUACAUCAAUAUCAGCGUGUAACGAUCUGUGCAAUACUCACCAUUUUCCCCCGUCGAAUGAUCUAGGCAAUCAAGCAUUAGCAGCUAGCCUUCGUCUACCAUCAGUUCCAGUUCCGUGCUUGGAUCGUGUUGACCUUGAGUUGGAGUGGACUGGUUGCUUCUGAAAAAAGUCAGCCUCGAACGAUCAAAUAAGGCAUACUGAUGCUAGGAUGUUGAGGAAAACUUGAGCUGCUUCCAUUUCAUACAUGACAGCUGGUUCUGUCAGUUGCACAUCAAAGCUUGCACGAUCAAACUGUUCCUGCUGGCCACUUACAGUGCUGGCAUUGGCGUUGGUGGCUAGGUUGAGGUGGGGAUUCAUUAUUCAUUGAUUUGAUACUGUGGAUUGUGACGUGUGUUUGUAUCAAGUUAAAUAUGGCUUGAUGAGGAACGUUGUGUGCGCCCAAACUACAAGGAGCACUUUGUAAGAGCAUGGCUGACAACACUGAAUCAAAGAAGAGCAAUGGACAGACUGCUGUAAAAGGUCCAGGGAAGUCAACAGCAGAAUCAUCCAAACCAAUCACAAUGUUCCUCCAUCAAGAGGAUCGAAUCAGGGAGCUGUUCAAGGGGUUGAAAAUAGCGGACUGCUCACGGCUCAGCGUGUCCAUAGAGGAGGAGGAUGAGUCUGCUGAGCUGGACAAUGUUCCGCGCGACCCUCUGGUGGUCUCGGAGGUCAUGACCUGCUCCCACUGCGGCGUCGGGUUCUCGGACCGCCCGGAGCAGGUGGGCCACUACAAGUCCGACUUCCACAAGUACAACGUGAAGCGGAGUGCCGGUGGGCAGACGGCGCUCACCGAGCGACAGUUCGACCGGCUCGACAUUGACGAUGACGUCCUCAGCCUGUCGGGAAGCGAUUCAGAGGAGGACUCUGAUGAGGACACCCUGUCUGAGCGGGAGGAAGGAUCGACCAGCGCGUCAGCCUCAGAGGACACCCCGGCUCGGCGUCGGCGGCGGCGUGCCGACGGCGACAGGGAGCUGCAGAGGAACCAGCUGAGGCGGCACACCAAGCUGUUCCUGGUGAACGCCGACCGACAGAUGUUCUGCCUCUACAAGUGCCUCAUCAUGUCCAAAUGGGCGCCGGCCGGCGACACCCAGGUGGAGCUGGCCGUGAAGCAGCUGGCGCGCGGACUCCGAGUCGGAGUGUUCCUCCUCUCCGGCGGACACUUUGCCGCCGCCGUGUUCAGCGGCGGUAAGGCCGUGCUGCACAAGACGUUCCACUCGUACACGGUCCGAGCCAAACAGGGCGGCGGACAGGCCAGUCGGGACGCCCGCUCGGCCACCAAGCAGCCCCGCUCGGCCGGCGCCAGCCUGCGACGGUACAACGAGGCAUCGCUCGUGCAGCACAUUCAGGAGCUGCUGGCCUCCUGGGAGGAGGAGGUGUCGCGCUGCUCGCUGCUGUUUGUGCGCGCCCUGGGCAGCGGCGCGGCGGCACUGUACGGCGGAAAGGCGCCCCCGCUCAACCGGCGCGACCCGCGCAUCCGCAGCGUACCGUUCCCGACCCGACGGCCGACGUUCGCCGAGCUGGAGCGGGUCUACCAGGCGCUCACCUGUGUCCAUGUCUACGGUACGGACGUGGACGUGAACCUCAGUCAGGUGCCUCAGUCUCCUCCCAAACCGGAGACGCCGGCCCGUACCCCACGCCGCUCCCCACGGCCGGAGCGACCCCCAGCCGAGCGGACCGACCCACCCACCGCUCCUCCGCCCGGCCGGCGAAUUACCGCGCGCGACCGGCGAAACAGCGAGCGGCAACAGGACCUGGAGCGCUCCCUGUCGGUGACAGACUCCGAGGGGUCCGACUCGGAGUCCGCUGAGUACGAGGUGCGCCAGAUGCGCGGGCUCACCGACCUGUCGUCGUUCUCGCCCGAGGAGGGUUUCGACUCGUCCCGGCCGCUGGACGACCGCGUGGUGACGGCCGUGGAGGAGCGGCGGAGACGGAGGGAGUUCCGCCGGCGGCUGAGGGAGGAGCAGCGCGCCGCGGACGCCGGGGAGGAGGCGAAGAAGCCGGUGGACGAUGGAGGACAGAAGGUGGCGGCGGCGAACACGACUGAGGUGCCGCAGGAGCCGCCGGAACCGGCCGGCGCAGAGGAGUUCCGGGUGCAGUGUUACACGCUGUGUAAGACCGGUGACACGGCAGGUCUGGAUGCGCUGCUGACUGAGCCUCUGGUGCCGCUGCCCAGCCUGCUGAGCCGCUCGUUCGGACAGACCUCUCAGACUCUGCUGCACGCCGCCGCCCGGGCCGGACACAGCGCGCUCGUCAGCCGCCUACUGGAGGUGGGGGCCGACCCGACGCUGCGGGACGGCGCCGGACAGACACCUUACGACGUGUCGUCCACGCGGGAGACCCGCAACCAGUUCCGGCGGUACCGGGCAGCGCACCCGGACAAACACAACUACGCCAAGGCUCACAUACCUGCUCCAUUGACCGAGGAAAUGGAGGCGGAAAAGAAACAACGAGACGCGGAGAAAAAGAAGCUACAAAACCAGAAGCGAAAGGAAAAGAUGAAAGAAAAGAAAGCACAGCAACUGAUCGAGGGGGCCGCUAGGAAAGAGAAAGAAAAGGAAGAAGAGGAAAAACGGAGAUUCCUACAACUUUCUGACAGGGAAAAGAGGGCGCUGGCGGCCGAGCGGCGUAUGGCCGCCCAGCAGUCCGGCCGCGCGCUGGUGCGCUGCUGCCACUGCGGGGAGGACAUCACGGGCCGGGUACCGUUCGAGUACAGCGGCCGGCUGCUGUGCUCCACCGCCUGCGUCCGACAGCACCGCGCCGCCACCGCCGGGACCGGCACGGCGGCGUGACACCCGCCGGUGCCGCGGCUCGGGCGGUCUGUGCCGGGCAUAGCAUGGUCUUGGUCUGUCGGUGUUAUAUGUGGCUCUCUGCGCUCCACGGGGCGGUCGGGGAUGCUCGAUGUGUUUACAUUGGUGAGGAGUGGCACGACUCAAAAGUGUGAUAAGAAGUAUGCCUUCUGAACCGAGGCAAAAGCGAGGCUCCCUCAGCGUAGCCUUGAAUAAGACCGUUCAACUCCUCGACAUACCCUUGAGGAAAGGGUAACAAACUCGCAAUUAGCUCUCUAUAUGCCAGGAUAUGCUGCCUGGCCCGCAAGCUAAAAUCUCCAUAGCGUCUGCCGGACCAACUCUCGGGAUGACUGUGAUCUAAAGCCUCGCCGUGCCCAUGGCCGCGGGCCGGUGUCGCCUCAAUAUAACCACGCUCUCUGUUUUACCCAGUCAUUGCUACCGCCGAUAGCUCCCGCUGCUGCUGUCUCGCUCAAUGUGCUAGAUGGGUAGGGCGUUGGCUGUCCCAAUGAGAGGUGUGACAGGCCACAGGGUACGUGUGAAGCGGUCGCUGCGCUGUGUCGGUGGACCGUGCUCGCGCCUUCCUGAGAUUGGCUCGCGGUGGGCCGCUGUUUAUUUUAGACCAAGGUUGUGCCUAUAUGGGUUGUUUUGAUAUCACCAAGGUGUUUUACGUGCAAUGUUGCUAGUGGAGCAUAUUUCGCAUAUUUGCCUGUUCGCAGGCAGAUGUCGGGCUAUGCCGCAUUGUUUGGCUGGUCUAGAGAUGCGCGGCGCUCCAUGCCUGGCGACAGUGUCGGAAAACAUGCUAAUCAAAUGAAUACCUCUCUA